AGAUCCCCAUCUUUAACCAACAACCACCGGUGUGUUCAGCUGUGUCUGCCGCAGGAGGCUCCUCUCAGUCCGGUCAGUGAUGGCUCGCUCAGCCGUGGUUUUAGUCCUGGUGUCGGUCGUGUUGUCCGGGGUGUCUGCCGGCGUGUUUUUCAACCAGAAAGAGCCGUGUUAUGUUCAUAUACCGAGGAAUAACCACUUCGGUCUGAGGACCGCUCCUCGACCUCAUGAGUACCUAAAUGUUUCUGAUCUGCCCAAGUCGUGGGACUGGAGGAACAUCAACGGAACCAACUACGUCAGCACGACACGCAACCAGCACAUUCCCCAGUACUGUGGCUCCUGCUGGGCCCAUGGCAGCACCAGCGCCAUGGCAGAUCGUAUCAACAUUAAGCGUAAUGGGGCGUGGCCUUCAGCCUACCUCUCUGUUCAGCACGUGAUCGACUGCGCUGACGCUGGCACCUGCCACGGUGGGGAUCACAGCGGUGUUUGGGAGUACGCCAACCAGCACGGCAUCCCAGAUGAGACCUGCAACAACUAUCAGGCCAUAGACCAGAAGUGUAAGCCCUUCAAUCAGUGUGGCACCUGCACCACUUUUGGACAGUGCAACAUUGUCACGAACUUCACUCUGUGGAAGGUGGGAGAUUACGGAGCCGUCAGCGGCAGAGAAAAGAUGAUGGCGGAAAUUUACGCCAACGGACCCAUCAGGUUUGUAACAGUUCGUUGUGAUGAAAUGAAUAGUUUGGUUGUAAUCACACAGCAGAUUCUACUUCAUUAUGUUUGCUUUACUUUGUAUUUUACACAUAAAUCAUCACCAAGAACCCAGAUCCGCCCAGCCAACAUGAGCCAGAGUCACAUGAACAGAAACUCAAACUGUGACGUUUCCCCUUAAAUUGAGGUUAAGAAUUGACAAAAAGUUUAGUAUGUGCAAAGACCUCGAUAAAAAGUUGUUUGACCAAUAUUUUUAUUUAGAA